UCUCUCCCCCUCAUCAUUAUCUUCCCCUAUAAGUCUCCAGCCCUACUCUCCCAUUUUCACAGAUAAUUAUACUCGUAUCACUAAAAUCUCAGCGAAAUGACUUCAUCGGAGCCGUGGAAUUACAGGCCGGUCUUCACCGAUUCAUGGCUCUCCGAAGCUUUCGCGCGUGACACCGAUACGCUCACCAACGCUCUUCAGAAAACGUUUUAUAAUGAUAAUGUUAAUGUUAAUGAUUGUGUUAAUGAUCCGUUUUAUCCGCUGUUUGAUAUGGUCAAACCGGAGUCAACUUCGACCAUGCCGACUCCGAGUGUGUCCGGGUCGGAGCCGGAUACGCCGGUGCCGAAGCGGCGGGGGAACGGGGUGGCAAAUGGGAAGAUAACGAAGCGGAAGUCUCGCGCGUCGAAGAAGAAUACGACGACGUUUAUUACGGCGGAUCCUUCGAAUUUCAGGCAAAUGGUGCAGCAGGUGACCGGGGUGAAGUUCGGGAACGCGCAGGUGCCGGUUGCGUCGGUGUUGAAACCGGAGCCGCAGAGGAUGGUGAACCGGUUCCAGGGGUGCUUGCCUACGCUGGACACGUCAGCGUUUUUGCUUGAUCAUCACGUGGCGGCGGCGAAUGCGCCGGUGAUGAGUCAGCAGCCGACGAUGGGGUAUGGUACGGCGGGUGUGGCGGCGGAAGGCGGCGGAGCGGGGUUCGAUUUCGAGUCGUUCUCUGGGUUUCCGACACUUGAGUCAUGGAAAGUAAUGUAAUAAGAGGAACUAAUUGCUGUAUUAAGAUUAAAUUAACCUUUUUAAUGUUGGGGGUUUUAGAUGGUUCUUUAAUUCCUGAUAUGUCUUACUAGUAAAUUUGAUGUUUUUACUGAUGGUAAAAAAAGAAGAGGGGUGGUAUGUUAAUAGUUGGGGAAGGAAGGGCGUGUUUGGUGAGAACACUUUUUUGGGUAUUCAGAUAGAGAAGAUCUUUUUGUGUUCUUUCUUGUGGAGGUGUUAUGUAAUUCAGCUGAUUUUGUAUUCAAUGUACUGCCUUCAUUUGGAUUAAUCAAAACUUCAAUUCAGUCAUUAA